ACUUUCGACACGGAAUGAUACUGUGACUCUCGAUGAUUGUCAAUUGAUAAAAAUUAAGGUGUGUACUAUAAUUUGUACUUGUAGGAACAGUGUACAGUCUGCUGUGUUUGUGCUCUAUCGUAAUUUCGUUUUCUGUGGUCUGCUAAACAUUCAAAUCGCGGCGGACAGUUACGUUUCGAUCGACAGAACCCUCUCAGGUCGACUAAAGAAAUCAUGGUGGACACCGGUUGUUUCUUCAACAUUGACGGCGGAUACUUGGAAGGAUUGUGCCGCGGCUUCAAGUGUGGCAUACUCAGACAUGCCGAUUACCUGAACCUUGAGCAGUGCGAGACCUUGGAUGAUCUCAAAUUGCAUCUGCAAUCCACGGAUUACGGCCAGUUCUUGGCCAAUGAACCCAGCCCGCUGGCGGUGUCCGUCAUCGAUGACAAGUUGCGCGAGAAGCUCGUUAUUGAAUUUCAACACAUGCGCAACCAUGCCGUGGAACCCCUCAGCACAUUCCUCGAUUACAUCACGUACAGUUACAUGAUUGACAACAUCAUAUUGUUGAUCACCGGAACACUUCACCAGCGCCCCAUAUCUGAAUUGAUACCAAAGUGUCAUCCAUUGGGUAGUUUCGAGCAAAUGGAAGCAAUACAUGUUGCUGCUACUCCAGCUGAACUCUACAAUGCUGUGUUGGUCGACACACCAUUGGCUCCAUUCUUUGUUGACUGCAUUAGUGAACAGGAUCUCGACGAAAUGAACAUUGAAAUUAUUCGUAAUACUCUGUAUAAGGCUUACUUGGAAUCGUUUUAUGAUUUCUGUAAAAAGCUUGGAGGUAUCACUGCUGAUACUAUGUGUGAAAUAUUAUCGUUUGAAGCUGAUAGACGGGCAAUAAACAUAACAAUCAACUCGUUUGGAACAGAAUUGACUAAGGACGAUAGAGCUAAGCUGUAUCCAAGAUGCGGUAAACUCUACCCAGAUGGUCUAGCCGCCUUAGCUAGAGCUGAUGACUACGAUCAGGUCAAAGCUGUUGCUGAAUACUUUGCUGAGUACAGUGCUCUGUUUGACGGUGCUGGCACUAAUCCUGGUGAAAAAACUCUUGAAGAUCGUUUCUUUGAACAUGAAGUGAAGUUGAAUGUUAAUGCAUUCAUGCGCCAAUUCCAUUACGGUGUUUUCUACUCGUAUUUGAAACUUAAAGAACAAGAAUGCAGAAAUGUUGUGUGGAUAUCUGAAUGUGUGUCGCAAAAGCAUCGUGCUCGCAUGGAUAACUACAUUCCCAUUUUCAAAUAACUUAUAAAUCGAUGGUUAUUUGUGCAGGUACACAUAUAUUAUCAAUUAUCAUCAAUUUAACAUAUAAAUUAUUAAUACCCUUUAUCGUACAGUUUUGAGGUAUAAUUUAGAUUGUUCAUAGAUUGCAUAGUAUAUUAAUUCAUUGUUUUUAUUUAUCAUUCCAACGGUAUUAAUAUGUCUGGAGCAUUGUUGAUAGCUUUUUCAGAAUAUUAUAUGUUUUUGUUUUUAUUAGAUUUUAAGUGUCCAAAAGGAAAAAAAAACAGUAAAUUAUUAUCAUUGAAUUAUUGGAUAAGAAAUCAAAAACUACCAUCUUUAGAAUUUAUUAUAAUUUUUGUUUUCAAAAGACCGUUAUUAUAUUUUAGACAGUCUUAAUGUUUAUUAUGAAAAAUAAAUUUAAUUUUCAAAUGACCAGUUA